GCGACGUUCAUGAUACUUCGUAGAAGAAAAUGCUGAACUUUAGUUACCGUGCUGCAAAUUUCCGCGAGUGAUAACAUUGUGCGCUAAGUAUUAAUUUUAAAAAGUUUCAAAAUAAUCCUCCACAAUUACGGCAAUAAUCAGAAGUCGGUCGAAAGGGUGGCUUUCGUCCGUUAAGAGCUCUGGUCACUGGGUAAUAAUCGCCGCAGAGGGCUCAUUACUAGCUGAUUGGCGUUUGGCUCUUAACGUCGAUCCUCCUUGGAUUCGCUGACAGAACGCUGAUUUGUAGUCAGCGUCUUUUCGUUAGCCCUAUUUAGUUCAUAUCACUUUAAUUACGAUUAAAACUGAACGCAGACUGCCUCUUUACCACUUGAAACCAUCAUUGACUUGUAAACUAUCGUUCGAAUAGUACAUUCCUGUUUUGUUGUGUGCUUCAAUUGUUCCAUUUUUUCUGUCUUUUAUUCAUUUCUGACUACCUUUCUUGGUUAUUUAUUUUUUCUCUUUUUCAAUUUCUUCUUCUUCGUUUUUCCCUUUUCAAAUUCCCUUCUCAAGUAUGAAAUUCAACAGCGAUAAAGAUCAAAUCCAGGUUGUCGAUAAUGAUACCGAUGUUGUCAGAGUUAUGCGUAAUAUCACCGAAUCUGGGUUCCAAGAAGAUGCAUUUUACGUGUUCGACGUAAACGAUUUGAUUCAGAAGUACGAAAAUUGGAAACUAAAGUUACCUCGGGUUAUUCCACAUUACGCUGUAAAAUGCAACGAUCACUUGCUCGUAUUGAAAAUUCUGGCUUCGUUGGGAGUAGGUUUCGAUUGUGCUUCGAAGGAGGAAAUCAGAAAAAUCAUAUCAUUGGGAAUCGACCCGUCGAGAAUCAUAUUCGCCAAUCCAGCCAAACCAGCAUCACACGUUCGAUAUGCAUCCGAUCAAGGAGUAGAUAUGAUCACCUUCGAUAACGAAAACGAACUUUAUAAAAUCAAAUCGUUGCAUCCGUCUGCCAAGUUGAUUUUACGUAUCCGUAGCGACGCUGCCAUCGUACAAUGCCCUUUAGGUAUCAAAUACGGCUGCAAUAUCGUAACCGAAGCUCCCGGCUUGCUUCAUGUGGCUCGUAAUCUUAACUUGGACAUCAUCGGUAUCAGCUUCCACGUAGGAUCCGGGUGCGGAGACCCGGCUGCUUAUCGGCGGGCCAUUGCUGCAGCUCGGACUCUGUUCAAUCUCGGUCAAGAUCUAGGAUUCAAUAUGCAAAUACUGGAUAUCGGAGGAGGAUUUCCUGGAAAUAAGCAUACUUCAAUAGAUACGAUUGCCGAAGUUAUCAACGAAGCUUUGGAGGAAUACUUCCCGAUAGAAUACGGUGUGAAUAUCGUAGCCGAACCGGGACGUUACUUCGUAGCUUCUGCUUUUACGUUGGCUACAUUCGUACAUUCGAAACGCGAAGUAAAGGAUCCGAAAACCGGAGCUGUUACUAGUAACAUGUAUUACAUCAACGAUGGCAUUUACGGAUCGUUCAAUUCGUUACUUUACGAUCAUGCGGUGGUUACACCGAUACCGUUAUCGGAAAUCCGUAGUUGCGAAAUAUUACCGUGUUCCAUCUGGGGCCCGACUUGCGACGGACUCGAUUUAAUCGCGGAAAAUAUAAAAUUCCCUGUUCUAAAUACCGGUGACUGGAUCAUGUUCGAGGAUAUGGGAGCGUACACGUUCGCCGCGGCGUCCCUCUUCAACGGGUUUCCUGUUCCGAAGAUAUACACGAUUUUGAACGAAUCUACAAUGUUAUCGUUGAAAGAUGCAUUUCAACCGCCAUUCGACGAAGAUAUCAGCUACGAUGAUUUAUCGCAACCCAUCCACCUGAACGAUUUCCCGCUGGCCGAGGAUUCUUGGAAUAAAAAAAGUCACCUUCAUCCGUCACUAUUCUCGGAAUUCUACACGUUGAACGAAAACUGCACUUUCAUAUCAACCUAGCAAUUACUUUCCCCUGUCUAUCUGCGUGAGUCGCGGUAUUCCUCGAAAAAAAGACAUCGUUUAUCUCAUUCUCCUUCUCCUCCCCCUUCCUCCUUCUCGUAUCAUCCUUCCUGUUUUCUUUUUCUACCUACGUUUUAAGCUUCUUUUUUUUUUUCUUUUCUACGUGUAGCUGGUAGAAUACUUUAUCUAUCUACCUUUAUUAUAUCGUUCGAUAGUUUAAAUGGUCAAGCUGUGCUGCGAAUCUUCAAAACUGCGUGUAACUAUGCGGCUGUUUUUGAGGGUUUUUUCAGCACAUAAGGUUUCUUGUGUGUAAAGAGGCGGUUCUGAAGAUCUUUUCAUUUUGAAUUAAUUAGGACUAAUAUUAUUAUGGUUGUUACUAUUAACAUUUUAGAUUUUAAACGUAUUAUUUAUUUGUGAGCCAUCAUUAUUAACUGUAUGAAAAUAUACUUUAUUUCUUGCAGAUA